CGCGUGCGUGCGUGUGUUGUUAAAACAGAUCCUCCAGCUGCAGAAACAGGAAGCUACAAAACGAGGAAGUGGAGUGAGCCGAGCUCGGCUUGAAAGGGAAAGUAGAUGAGGGCAGAGGAGGAGGAGAGGUGAGCAGUGCUAGGGAAGUGCUAGCUGCAGCUCUGCUGGACUACUGCUCUGUGGCAAGAGGGGAGAGAGAGGGGAUUAAAGCUCCUCGCAGGCCAGCAGGAAGGAAGGGGAGAAAGCACGGUGAGUGCUCGCGACUUCCCGUCUCCACCCAGUGUUACCUUCCUCCGCCCGCUUCUGCUAUGAACCCUCCUGGAGCAUGCCAGGCUGGCCGUGAGGAUGAGGAUGGUCUGCCCCAGAUGGAUGGAACCUGUGACGCCUGCGAACCGGACGAAGCUCUGCCUGCCGCGCGCGUGUGCCCGCCUUGCCGCUUUGCCUUCUGCCCCGCCCACGCCGACGAGCACGAGCGUGCCACCCGACAUCAGCUCCACCCCUACCGCCUGCCAGGUCCGCAAGCGGAUGCCCCCGCCCGCCCCGACGAGCCCGCAAGCGAGGCGGGAGACUCCGGGGCUGCCGCGACCGGAGACGGAAAGCUGGAGGAGGCGGAGCGUCCGUGCGGGUCGGAGCUGGGGAAGAGGGACACGGUGACGGUGGAGAGGCUGAGGUGUAAGGAACACGGGCAGGAGGGCUCACUCUACUGCAAACAGGACGAGAAGAUCGUGUGCGUGGUGUGUGCAGUGCAGGGUGAGCAUAGGGAGCAUGAGAUCAUCACGCUCAGGGAGGCUUACAGGUGGCAGAAGAGUAAAGAGGGUAUAGAUCUGCUAGCAUGUACUCAAGAAAUGGCAGAGAAAAUCAAGACCAAAUGGACAAGUCCAGAUGCGAGCCCAGCUGAGCUGGAGCACUACGUGAACCAGCAGUUUGAUGAGCUCCAUAGGCUCGUGCGCCUGGAGGAGUGGCGCGUGCUCCACCUGGUGGACCUCAAGGAGGCCUUCUUGACGGCGCAGGCCGCCGAAAAGAUCGCCGAGAUCAGCGUGCACACGGAGCGCCUGCAGGAGGAGAUGGACUCCAUCACCCAGCAGCUGGGUGAGCUGGACGGGGCCGAGCGCAAUGGGCUCGCCCCUGCCGCCCUGGCACCGAUGCUCGCCGGCCAGCCACGCCCACCUCUCCCGCCUCCUCUGGAGCCCCUCCCCCCGAUGGACCUUGAGGCUCGUCCAAGGUUACCUGACCACCGGCGAGGCCCUCAGGACCCUCCAGACUACGACGACGGAGGAGAUUCGUUCAUGGGACACGCCCCAUGACACCACCUGCCUUAUGGUCAGAUUCUGGGUUGCUGCAGUGGUGUGCCUCUCUCUGUCUCUGUUGGAAGUACGUCACCUGUAUAUUUUUUGCUACCUUGGAUUGCUGCAUUUUCUAUUAAAUCCAAACUGAUUGACUUUUCCUGAGGAAGAUAAUGAAACAAAGUGUUUGAUUGCAAUCAGGGCCAGCCUUCAUCCCUAAUCAGUGGCUUGCCUGAGGAAAGAAGAGGAUGAAGGAUCUGAACUGCAUACAAAAUACUGAAUCAAAUUUGACUUCACUUGUCUGCCAAGUCUUAAUGAUAGCGUUGGACCUAUGAAAUAUGAAUUGACCUUGACUUCGAGAACUUCUUUGACAAACUCUUUCGCCAGAUUAUCCAAGUAUGAUCCGUUCUCUUAACGCGAGGCUUGGAGAAUGAGAAUAUUCCUGGUUGAUGUCUUGUUGCUAAUGCUGUUGUUGGUGAUGAUUUUGUAGUGUAAAAACGCACACUUGCCUUAAAGCGGGACACUGAAUGGAGAGAUUUGUGGGGUGAUGGGCUGUACGCACUUCUCGUCAUGGUUCACCGUCUUCGCUCUCUGCUUUCGCACCUACUGAAGAGGACACGUCUUGGCAUAUGAUUGUCCUAAUCAGAAUUGUAACAAUUGAGGAGAAAUGUUCCUUUAUAGUGUCUUAACUUGGACAAGAAUGUCUCACCUGUGUAAAUAUAUGAUAACAAUAAGCCCAAAGGAGAAGGCCUUCUGGCCUGUACCUGUACCAGUAAAGCUGCGUAGAUAAAUGCAGCUCAGGUUUCUCCAGUGCCGAGUGUUCUCACUGCUCUUUGUAUGCCCUCCGCGGUAUUAAUCAAAAAAAAGUCACAUCUUUUCUCGUUUGGCGCAUCAGAAAAAAUUCGAAUUUUUUUUUUUUUUUUUUUUUUUUUUUAAAACGCGCCGAAAAUCAGGCCAAACGCAGCCGCUUCUGUGACCCCUGCUGUUUCUGCACAGACUUGGUGAAAUAAGAGGCAAUGAACUAACAAUAAAGUGAUACUGCCAAAAAAAAAGCUCUUACUUUACUGAAAGAAUUUAACAGAAAGCCGGACACGAUUCCCCCCGGAGUCUUCCGUGCACUUCUCUGAUGUCAGAUGGAAUCAUGGCAAGGGCUGCAGACCAAAGGCUGAUGGGGAAGAGCUGAUUACAGCAGCAUAUCAGCCAUGAACCCCAGGAGGCGUCAUCCUAACUCACUCACAGCCCGUGUGGCACACGCCGCAGGGUCUGGGGAGGGGCCCCCGCAAUGAAGCAGCCCACGGUUGGCUGCGAGUCUUGUUCUUAAGAGACGAGUCUUUAUUUUGAUGUAGAUAGAGGCGCACGCCCUUCACGGCCAUGCUGGGUCUGGGCCGUGCGUCAUUGCUGUGGUCUGCUGCUGCCACUGCGCACUAAGCUGUGGGUGUGGGAAGGUUUGUCCAGCCCACAGACAUGAGGGGGGGGUGGACGUGAGCUUAGGAGCCCCCCCCCCCCGAAAUAAUGGGUCCCCCCCCCUCCCCGCUCACACAGAGACCCUCUCUCCUUUUGUCUUUUGAUCCUUUGUACCAAAAUUGAUUUUGGCCUCAGCGGAUGUGCAAGGCGAGAGAGGAUAGAGGCUGGUCCCAGCUCACAGCGAGUGUGCCAUUGUCCAAGAAAACAGCCAUCAUAAAUGUCCACAGCAUCAAAGCAGAAGCAGCAAAUCUGCCAGGAAACACUGGGCCAUUUGUCUGUACAAGAGGGAGAAAAGAAAAUGGAGGACAGCCUGAUCAGACUGGGAACAGACUGGAUAUAAUCGAUCACGCCUGCUUCCCAGGCUGCUUGCCACCUGUCAGCCAUUGGCCCACACACAGGCCGGCUCUUCUGGCCCAGGACUGAACGGUUGCCUUCACUGAAACAUGUUUUGUGAUUUGCAAGAUGAAUCUUGAUAUGUGACGCAAAUGCGAGAACCAGUAGCGUGGAUUCUUGGGCUUAAAUGAUCCCUUCACCACUCACUAAAUGCACAAGUUGGUUGUAAGGCUCAUAAAUAUAAUACAUUUGUCUUAUCUUAUGAAAUUUGGGAAUAUAGCUGGAAAAAAAAGGUCUUGGCAGACCUUUCAUAUAAGAAUAUAUGAUCAUAAACUAUGUCUAGCCAACGUGAAGUUUCUGUGCCGUGUGUGUGUGUGAGAGAGAGAGACAGAGAGGCAGACAGAGACAUCUGCAUUCUCCACCUUUAUGUCCCAGAAAAUCUUCAAAUAGAAGAACUGCUAACAUUCUACUUUAAAUCCAGGAAAAUCCCCCAACAUCUUCCACUGAGCCACUCCUCAUUUUCAGGAAGAGGUUUCUUCCCUGUCGAUCUACUCUUCUGCUACUCAACAUAACCAUUUUCUCUCUCUUUAGUUAACCAGGUGGUAUUCAUUUGAUCUCUGAACUCUCAAAUUAAGAAAGAACAAAGAUGACACUUCAGGUCAUAUAAAAUAUUAGAGGAUGACCGCUCACUGUGAGAACAUGUUAAUUAAUUGUGUAAUUACAUAUGUCAUAAUAAUUUCAUAGUUAAAAUAGAAUUUUUGGCUGCCAAAAAUGAGCAAAGACUAACAUACUCUUUGUAUGUUUUGGUUUCCAUCCAAUAUAUUUCUCAGUACUGUAUGUUAGUAGGCUACUUAAAUCAAUCUCAAAUGAGAGCUUAGUCAUUCAGCUGAGCUGUGAGGGAAGUCUUGCUCUAAGCGCUGGUGUUCAAAUCUGGGCGUGAGCAGCACUGGGCAUCUGUUCGGCCUGAUGGGUACAUGUGGGCAUCUGGAUCUGCGAUCCGCCUGAGAUCCAUCUCACUGACGAACCCAAUUUGCCUGUUUCAAGGUGGGUGUAUGUGCAUGCGUGCACGUGCGUGUUUGUGUUAGUGUGUGUGUGUGUGUGUGUGUGUGUGAGUGAGUGAGUGAAGUGCCAGCUUUUGGUCUGCUUCCUUCUCUCCAGCUACCCAGGAUGGACCCAGAUUCCCCAGGCACAAUGGCCAUCUGCAAGCGCUUCUGUAUCAAAUAGCAGCCCUGACCAAGAAAGACAGACCAACCCCCCCUCUCUGAAAUCUGACAAUGUAGUGGAAAAAAUGGACUGUUAGGCUGUGGGAUUGGCUGUCAUUCUGUUAUAUUCCUUCGCUCUCUGUCUCUGUUUCUGAGCUGAGGUAUACUAAUGUCUGAACUAGUAUCUAAACUAGUAACUAAAGUCUAUCUAGUAUCAUCAUGACACCUAAACAGGGCAAAAACAAGUUGGAAAGAAAAUUCAGCUAUAUGCCUCUUGAUUCAUUGUGGCAUUUUAACAUUUGGCAUUUCCACACACAUUUGUGUGGGUGUUGGGUUCAUACUUCCUUCAAGUAAAUGGGUAUUCAUGUAUACAGACUACUGUGUGUGUGUG